AUGGAGAAGGCUAGGCAUGAGAGGCCCCGGAGCCCUGAGCAGUCUGUUCUGGCAACUCUGAGUGAUUCCCAUGUGACCCUCCUGGCCGCCCACAAGCGGUGGUCUUUGAGGAGUCCUGGGGCCAGGGGCUCACCUAUGUCAGCAUCUUUGGAGGAGGAAGUCUCUUCACCAUCAGAGGAAGAAGAAUUUCCACAGCGGGGUUUGAAUGGAGCACAAGAAAUCAGUUCCAAUCAGGUCUUAUCUAGACUUUCUUUGCCUACUCAGCCCUGGAAUCCAGCAAUGAAGCAGAAUUUUGCCUUUGACAACGUGGGCUACGAAGGCGGUCUGGAUAGUGUGUCCCCUACUUCACAGAUAACUACCAGCACGGUCAGCAUUCUGGGCAUGACUUGCCAGUCAUGUGUCAAGUCUAUUGAGGGCAGAAUUUCCAGUUUGAACGGCAUCGUGAGCAUUAAAGUAUCCUUAGAACAGAGCAGUGCAACUGUGAAAUAUGUGCCAUCAGUCAUGAGCCUGCAGCAAGUCUGCCGCCACAUUGGGGAUAUGGGCUUCGAGGCAAGCAUUGCUGAAGGAAAGGCUGUCUCCUGGCCCUACAGGUCCUCACCUGCUGAGGAGGCUGUGGUCAAGCUUCGGGUGGAAGGCAUGACCUGCCAGUCCUGCGUCAGCUCCAUAGAGGGCAAGAUUGGGAAACUGCAAGGAGUGGUGCGAGUCAGAGUCUCACUGGGCAACCAGGAAGCGAUCAUCACCUAUCAGCCUUAUCUUAUUCAACCCGAAGAACUCAGAGACCAUGUCAAUGACAUGGGUUUUGAAGCUACCAUCAAGAACAAAACAGUUCCCCUAAGUCUGGGACCAAUUGAUAUUGGACGAUUACAAAGCACUAACCCAAAGAGACCUUCACCUGCUGCUCAGCAAAGUUUCACUAAUUCUGAGACCCUGCGGGACCGAGGAAGCCAUGAGGUCACCUUGCAACUGAGAGUAGAUGGAAUGCACUGUAAGUCUUGUGUCUUCAAUAUUGAAGAAAACAUAGGCCAACUCCCAGGGAUUCAAAGUAUUAAAGUGUCCUUGGAGAACAGAGCUGCCCAAGUACAGUUUGAGCCUUCUCGCGUCUCCCCUGUUGCUCUGCAGAAGGCCAUCGAGGCCCUUCCACCUGGAAACUUUAAAGUUUUUCUUCCUGAUGGUUCAGAAAUUAGUAGGACAGAGUGUCUGCCAGAUGUCAGGCCUUCUGAAUGCCACUCCUUUGGCUUCUCCCAGAGAAACCAGGAGCCUGGAGCACACAGUACUGUGGUGCUUGCCAUUGCUGGCAUGACCUGCGCUUCCUGUGUCCAGUCCAUUGAAGGUGUCAUCUCCCAGAGGAAAGGGGUACAGCGGAUAUCAGUCUCUCUGACUGAAGGGACUGGAACUGUUCUCUUUAACUCUGCUCUAAUUAGCCCAGAAGAACUCAGAGCUGCUGUAGAAGACGUGGGAUUUGAGGUUUCCAUUAUCUCUGAAAACUGUUCUAGCAACCGUGUUGGAAGCCACAAUGCUGGGAAUUCUAUGGUGCAAACUACAGGUGGUACAUCUGUGUCAGUACAGGAAGUGGCUCCCUGUGCCAGGGAGCUCCCUCGCAGCCACAGCCCCGGCCACUCAUCCAACUCAGCGCAAUCUUCCAGAACAGUGGUGCCACAGAAGUGCUUUUUACAGAUUUCAGGGAUGACCUGUGCAUCCUGUGUAUCUAACAUAGAGAGGAAUCUGCAGAAAGAAGCUGGUGUUCUGUCGGUGCUGGUUGCAUUGAUGGCUGGAAAGGCAGAGGUCAAGUAUGAUCCAGAAAUCAUCCAGCCACUUGAAAUAGCUCAGCUCAUCGAGAACUUGGGCUUUGAGGCAGCAGUAAUGGAAGACUACACAGGCCCAGAGGGCAACAUUGAGCUGAUCAUUAGAGGGAUGACCUGCGCUUCCUGUGUUCACAACAUAGAGUCCAAGCUCAUGAGGACAAAUGGCAUCACCUAUGCUUCAGUGGCCCUUGCCACUAGCAAAGCCCAUGUUAAGUUUGAUCCUGAAGUUAUUGGUCCACGGGAUAUUAUAAAAAUUAUUGAGGAAAUUGGCUUUCAUGCUUCUUUGGCCCAGAGAGACCCCAACGCUCAUCACUUGGACCACAAGCUGGAAAUAAAGCAAUGGAAGAAGUCUUUCCUGUGCAGCUUGGUGUUUGGCAUUCCAGUUAUGGGUUUAAUGAUCUAUAUGCUAAUACCCAGCCAUGAACCUCAUGAAUCUAUGGUCCUAGACCACAACAUCAUCCCAGGACUGUCCAUUCUAAACCUCAUCUUCUUCAUCUUGUGUACUUUUGUCCAGUUCCUCGGUGGGUGGUACUUCUAUGUCCAGGCCUAUAAGUCUCUGAAGCACAAAGCAGCCAACAUGGACGUGCUCAUUGUGCUGGCCACAACCAUUGCCUAUGUCUACUCUCUGGUGAUCCUGGUGGUGGCCGUUGCCGAGAAGGCCGAGCGGAGCCCAGUGACGUUCUUUGACACACCUCCCAUGCUCUUCGUGUUCAUUGCCCUGGGGCGAUGGCUGGAACACGUGGCAAAGAGCAAAACCUCAGAAGCCCUUGCCAAACUUAUGUCUCUCCAAGCCACAGAAGCCACAGUUGUGACCCUUGGCGAGGACAACAUAAUCAUCAGAGAGGAGCAAGUACCCAUGGAGCUGGUUCAACGGGGUGAUAUCAUCAAGGUUGUCCCCGGGGGAAAGUUCCCAGUGGAUGGGAAAGUCCUGGAAGGCAAUACCAUGGCUGACGAGUCCCUCAUCACAGGAGAAGCCAUGCCAGUCACGAAAAAGCCAGGAAGCACGGUGAUUGCUGGGUCUAUAAAUGCACAUGGCUCUGUGCUCAUUAAUGCCACCCAUGUGGGCAAUGAUACCACUCUGGCUCAGAUUGUGAAACUGGUGGAAGAGGCACAGAUGUCAAAGGCACCCAUUCAGCAACUGGCUGACCGAUUUAGUGGAUAUUUUGUCCCAUUUAUCAUCAUCAUAUCAACUUUGACGUUGGUGGUAUGGAUUAUAAUCGGUUUUAUCGAUUUUGGUGUUGUUCAGAAAUACUUUCCUACCCCUAACAAGCACAUCUCCCAGGCCGAGGUGAUCAUCCGGUUUGCCUUCCAGACGUCCAUCACGGUGCUGUGUAUAGCCUGCCCCUGCUCCCUGGGUUUGGCCACACCCACGGCGGUUAUGGUGGGCACGGGGGUGGCCGCACAGAAUGGCAUCCUCAUCAAGGGAGGCAAGCCUCUGGAGAUGGCACACAAGAUAAAGACUGUGAUGUUUGACAAAACGGGCACCAUUACGCACGGGGUCCCCAAAGUCAUGCGGUUCCUCCUGCUUGUGGACAUGGCUGCACUGCCUCUGAGGAAGGUUCUUGCUGUGGUGGGAACAGCAGAGGCCAGCAGUGAGCACCCCUUGGGCGUGGCAGUCACCAAGUACUGUAAAGAGGAACUUGGAGCAGAAACCUUGGGGUACUGCACGGACUUCCAGUCAGUCCCAGGCUGUGGAAUUGGCUGUAAGGUCAGCAGCAUGGAUGGCAUCCUGGACCCAAGUGAGCAGACUGGGCACCUGAGUGGUGUUGGCAGCAUGCCCACUGAGAAAGAUGCAGCCCCUGAGACCUUCUCUGUACUGAUUGGAAACCGUGAGUGGAUGAGGCGCAAUGGCUUAACCAUAACCAGUGACGUCAGUGAUGCGAUGACGGACCACGAAAUGAAGGGACAGACAGCUGUCUUGGUGGCUAUCGAUGGUGUCCUCUGUGGGAUGAUUGCCAUCGCAGAUGCGGUCAAGCAGGAGGCAGCGCUGGCUGUGCAUACACUGAAGAGCAUGGGUGUGGAUGUGGUUCUCAUCACGGGGGACAACCGGAAGACAGCCCGAGCCAUUGCCACCCAGGUUGGCAUCAACAAAGUCUUUGCUGAGGUGCUGCCUUCCCACAAAGUGGCCAAGGUCCAGGAGCUCCAGAACAAAGGGAAGAAAGUCGCCAUGGUGGGAGAUGGGGUCAACGACUCCCCAGCCUUGGCCCGGGCAGAUGUGGGCAUUGCCAUUGGGACAGGCACAGAUGUAGCCAUCGAGGCAGCCGACGUCGUCCUCAUCAGAAAUGACUUACUUGAUGUGGUGGCUAGCAUUCGUCUUUCUAAGAGGACUGUCCGGAGAAUACGAAUCAACCUGGUCCUGGCCUUGAUUUAUAACCUGGUUGGGAUACCCAUUGCAGCAGGUGUCUUCAUGCCCAUUGGCCUGGUGCUGCAGCCGUGGAUGGGAUCAGCAGCUAUGGCAGCCUCCUCCGUAUCUGUGGUGCUCUCAUCCCUGCAGCUGAAAUGCUAUAGGAAGCCAGACCUGGAGCGGUAUGAGGUGCAGGCCCAGGGCUGCAUGAGGCCCCUGACCCCGUCCCAGGUCAGCGUGCACAUCGGUAUGGAUGACCGGCGGUGGGACUCCCCCCGGGCCAUGCUGUGGGACCAGGUCAGCUACAUCAGCCAGGUGUCUCUGUCCUCGCUGACCUCAGACAGGCUGUCCCGGCACAGUGCCUUGGCUGCCGACACUGGGGAUAAGUGGUCUCUGCUUCUGAACGACAGGGACGAGGAGCAAUAUAUCUGA